CAACAAAUCUGUACAUGGUGCAUCACGGGGGGGUGAGUGACAGAGUGUUGAAGAAUUCACUGGAGAAUGAAGUUUUAAGAUGGCUGCUUCGAGAGACGAGGAAAAUGAACUUCCAAACGAAAUAUUCUCUGCAAUGAAAGAUUUUCACCACUCAUUUGGCUCUGUGGAAGAGACUUUGGAACCACUACUCCGUUCGUCAAACGAUGAAUUACAUGAAAAGUUAGAUGUUCUAGAUCGGGCAAAAUUGGAUCUGAUGGUUGUUUAUGGCAUAAAUACGAUGUUUUGGAUUUAUCUCAUAACUCAAGGUGUAAAUCCGAAAGAACAUGGAGUCAAGCAUGAAUUGGAUAGAAUAAAGAACUACAUGAAAAAAGUAAAAGAUGUCAGUGAACGAAAGAAAGCUUCAAUGAAGAUUGACAAAGAUGCUGCUCGAAGAUUUGUGAAAGGUGCUCUUGCAAAUCCUAAAGCAUCUGAAGUGGUAUCUGACAAGGAAAAACGGGCAAAAACAACCAAACAAAAGAACAAAAACAAAAGGUGGAAUAGUGGUUGCUAAAAGAAACCAAAAGAUGAAAAUGUUGGACAAGUUAUUGCAGAGUAGCCAUAAAGCCAAUUUUUGUGUAGCUGUAUCCAUGAACCAAUCAUAUGAACCUCCCCACAUUAUUGACUUUCUUAUGCCAAUGCUCUUUUUAUUUUUAUAUGCAAUCACAAAAACAGGGCUCUUUUUUGUGGUUAAUCAAAUAUUACUUACAAAAGCUGUUUAAGUCCACAGCAACGUUGAAAAUUUUUCAUAGUUUUCUCAUACCAAUUGUAAAAUUAUAAUGUUAACCAUGAUUUCUCUUAUGCAAACAUUACGUAUCUUUGAAGAAGUUCAUUACAGUUUCAGAAGAUGUUUGCUAUAAGACGAUAAAAAUUUUCUUGUUACGGGCAUUUGGAAAAUAACAAAUGAGAAACAA